UGUGAUGAGAAAGGUGUUGUUUGGUCGUGUUUCAAAGCCAUUUUUGCUUGAUUCGCUGAUCGACUGACUAGAUAGGACGGCAGUAUGGACGAAGGAUUAAAACGAGAAAUGCGUGGUGUCAUCCAUGAUAUCUUCACCCAAAUCAGCGGUCAAUGGAAACAAGUCACAGAGUUCAUCGGGGGGCUGACCCCGACAGAGGUCACAGAGUUUACUGAGAGAUUGGUGGAUAACGACGCACAGUUCGUUGGUUACAGUGCACUACAGCUUUGGUACAGCAGGCUGGAGAGUGACGUCGCAACCGUUCAGAGGUUAUGUGACGGACUGGACCAUAUUGGACGGGCCGAUCUUGCAGCGUUAGCUCUCCAGCACUACCAGAAACCCCUCAUCAUCGCCUGCUGCUCCGGUGACCUCGGCGAACUUAAGAGACUCCAUGACCUUGGUCUGACCUUGAACUACUCUGACCCGGAACAAGGCACGCCUCUCCACAUAGCUGUCGGGCGAAGGGACCGACCAAUGGCUUUGUUCAUCCUAAGAGACCCUGAACCUUGUGAUCCAAAUAUGACCGACAGUCAAGGGAUGACGUCAUUGCAGCUGGCGUGUCAACAUGGUGACCACGAUAUGAUCAAGAUUCUCCUAAAUGCAACGGGUGUUGACGUUGAUAAACUUUCGAAACACGGUGCAGCGCUAUUUAUAGCUUGCAACGCAGGGGAUGUUGAGGCUGUUGAGUUGCUAUUAGGAGCGGGCGCGGAUGCUACGACCACCCUGAACGGGUCCACAUUACUCCACGUUGCUGCUAAAAUAGGAAUUUCAGAAAUUGCCGCCACUGUAUUAGAACGUAACAUUAACGUGAACCGUUUAGAUACUGACGGUAAAUCUGCCCUGAUGAUAGCGAGUCAGAACUGUGACAAAGUAAUGGUCUCAUUAUUGUUAGGUAAGGGCGCAGAUCCAGAGCUGGCAGGGAUAGCUGGCUCUACUGCCCUUCACAGCGCCGCAGCUAAUAACGCCCUAGACGUCCUCACGUUGCUUGUGGAUGCAACCGGUGGCCACCUGACCUUGACAGAUGAAGGGAAAUCGCUCCUUGACAUUGCCCAAGAGGCUAAAUCAACUGACGUUGUUGUGCAUCUUCUUUGUAGUACUUUAUACUUUGUUUUAGGGGAACCGGGAUCAAGCCCGCUGCACCUGGCGUGCGAAAACGACGAUGCAGUAGUAUAUAAGAUGCUCGCAAAGCAUCCGGUUGAUUUGGAACUCCAGGACAAAUAUGGCAGAACAGCGCUCCAUCUAGCGUGUGAAAAAGGAAAAUUGCAAAUUGUCGAUUACUUUGUGAACUCUGGUGCCGAUACUUGGGCCGUUGAUAUCAACAAGGAGACACCAUUACACAAAGCUAGUUCCAAAGGUCACCGUGAAAUAGUAGUAUUGCUAUUGGAGACUGGCAUCGAUGUUAAUAGUGCCUGUCGCAGUCACGCUACGCCCUUACAUCGUGCGUGUGCCAACGAUCAUUACGAUGUUGUAGAGGAACUUUUGAAUCACGGAGCGGAUCCGACGCGAAAGGACAACUUGGGGAGGACUGCACAAGACAUCGCGACAAAUCAGGAUAUUAUUGAGGCCUUACUGAAGAAAUCCCCGCACGAAAGAAAGGCUUUCCAACCCGGACAAGUGAGGAAAACAAGCUUAGAAGAAAACACAACGAGUAAAGGUUUAAAGGGAAUCCAUCUGAACUUGUCUGCGCCGAUGAUGGUCAGAACGCAUACGAAGAAGCGAGCCGCGUUCCUGGGGCGCACGCCUCUGCACGAAGCGGCGGAGAACGGAGAACGGCACGUGGUGCGUUACCGCGUGGACCACAAAGCAAGCGUGAACGUGUACGACAUAAACGGCGACACGCCGCUUCAUCUCGCGCUGGCGAACGGACACAGUGAGGUCUGCGAGAUCUUAGUCGCAGACGGGAAGGCAGUGGUGAAUGCGAAGAACCGACACGGGCAGACACCGCUUUCCAUUGCGGCAAAGAAGGGAUAUCAAACCAUCGUGAAGAAUCUACUGGAUUAUGGAGCAGAUGCUAACCUAGAGACUCCACAAUCUGAGCGGCCGUUGAUGUUGGCUGUAAGAGAAGGCAAUGAAGGCGUUGUCAACGUUCUGUUUAGUAGAAAAUGUUCGCUAAAGGUAGAUCAUAGAAAUCCCGAUGGGGAGACGGCGCUCCAUAUAGCGGCGCAAGCGGGCAAUGCCGGGAUUUGCCGUGCGCUCCUUGACAAGAAGGCCGACCCCAAUGCAACUAGGCGCAAUGGCGAGACGCCGAUAUUUGGUGCGAUCAAGGGCGGUCAUGCCCAGGUUGUGCGGAUCCUCCUCGAGAUGGGGGCGAAGAAGAGUGUCAAAGGAUCAUUUGGAAAGCGUCCCCUCCAUAUCGCAGUCCUUGAGGAGAAUGAAGAGAUUGUGAAGAUACUGCUGACCAAGAAGGCGAACCCGAACAGCAAGGAUGCCGAUGAUGUGACACCACUUUACAUCGCCGCGACUAGAGGCAACGAGGGCAUUGUGAAGCUCUUACUGAAGCACGGUGCGGACGUGAAUGCCAAGAUCGCGCGCUCAGGGGAGACGCCCCUCCACACGGCAGCCAGGGCGGGUGUCGCGAGCAUUGUACAGAUGCUAUUACAGCGCGGCGCAAAACCAAAUGUGGCGAACGCAGUAGGAAGGCUGCCAGAGCAAGAAGAUGCACCCGUGGAAAUCAAAGAUAUCAUAAAGUUGGCCAAAAGGCGUAGGGCGAAUGAUACCUUUAAGGGUCUUGAAAAGGCAGCUAGCGAAGUUGGCAUGAAUAUUGCUGGAAGUGCCCUGCUGCUGAUUGGAGGGAGUUUGGACUCGAAUAACCCUACAGCCGAGGCUGGUUCAUCGGAUGAGGACAACUUGUCAGGCAGGUUGGAAAAUACAUUGUAAGAGUGCAAGGCCACAUCUGGUAGCAAUGUCUUGAAACCAACUUUGGCCCCUCGCAGAAACUUUCCUAUGCUGAUAUUCAAUGAAAGAUGAGGGAAUCUGAUCACGCCCGAAGGAGACAUAAAAAAAACUAUUGUAUCUCGGACUCCUUUUCGCGUGUAAGAUCCCUUUCACAUAGCCCAAACAAUGCGCUGAUUCUCGAUGUGGUUGGCUCGAUUCCGGUCCAAAAAAUUAAUUGGAAAAAAUUGCUUUCUUAAUAGUCCUGACAACACUUGCGGAGAGAAAGGAUCAUGUCAAAGCGGAAUUACAAGGAUUGAGGUCAUUAUUUCAUAGCCAUGUUUGUUAAGUGCAGCUAGACGCAAGGGCCCAACGCGCCGCGUAGCGGCAAAAAAACGAAGCUGGCGAAACAUUUAUAACGGGUCACCGUCACUUAUUAUUGGACUUAUAGCGCAUUUACGGGGUUGCAACUAUUUUGCUUUAUAGUGUCACCAGGAAAGAAAAGCAUGCGACCUAACGCCGAUCUAUUUGUAUAAAGUGAUAAUUGGAAGUCAUAUAGUAGGAAAAAUCAAUAAAAUAAUCAUUCCAUUUCGUCUUUUGAGGGCAUUUUUGAUUGUAAAAAAUAUAUGUGUACGUCACCGUAGUCUCUGCAAUGAUAAUUUUAUCAGAGCAGUCUCGCGCAAGUAGAAGUUCUUUACCUAUUAGUUCUUCACUUAUUAGUCUCAACGUCUGGCGCAAAGCCAGACGUUUUCCAAUACGAUUUCACUACGAUGUUUGACAAGAAGGAGCAGUGCGCGAGAUAUGCUAAU